AUGUUAUAUCUGGUCACUGGUUGGCCUGCAGGUCCGAUCGCGGCCAACGUCGGCCAAUUAGCGCUGCUGACUAUUAGAGAAUGCCGUCAAAAUCGAUCAUCGUUUUUCAACGCUUCUGAUGACGACUGCUCGGUCCGGCAUCCGCCGGAUCACACACCGCAAACGGCGGUGUGCGAUGCAGAUGCCAUGGCAACGAUCAACGCAAUCAACUGCACGUCGAAGACAGCUGGACGUAGAAAUUCACCUGAGUAA